AUGACCCACUACAUCGUUGGCCUCGACCUCACGGACGAUUCGUCGUACGCCCUCUCGUGGGCCUACAAGAACCUCUUCAACGACAGCGAUUUGGUCACUGUCGUGACGGUGCUGCCGGGCUGGACGGCCGAGGCCGACAUCGACCCGGUCUCGCCCUCCAAGUACACCCCCGAGAUGAUCCAGGACGAGGCCCUGGCCACCGAGCGUGCCCGCAACAUCGUCCUCGAGAUGGAGAAGACCCACACCGAGAAGCACGUCGAGGCUUACUUCCGCGUCAUCCAUGCCGACAGAGAUCCCAAGGAGGCCCUCUGCAACGUCGCCGUCAACCUCAAGGGACACACCCUGGUCAUCGGCCACGGCCUUAACAAGAACUCUGGCUUUGGCCAGUGGGUCUUGGACCACUCCCGCAUCCCGGUCGUUGUCGUCCGCCCAACCCAUCUCGAGAUCUAA